AUUCCUUUGGCUUAGCUUCAUCUCAUAUUUUAUGUGUUAGUCUCUUCGUUUCUGUUCCACUCAUUUAAAAAUUAGUAACCUUCUUCUUUUGUCUCACGAUCAAUCAUUAUUUUUUCAAUUGUUUUUUGGGUUUUGUGAUCUGCUUUUCGUCUUUAGGUCUUCAACUUCAACCUAUUUCAAUUAUUAUAUCAGGAAAAAUGUUUGGUGAACCUGUGAGUUCUGCAGAAGGAGAAAUCAAAGUGAGCUUUGGUUAUCAAUGUAACGGAAAAAAAUCCGUAAAUGAGGAUUCCGAUGGAUGUGAAAUCAUCCCUAAGGCCCGACUUAGAAGAUCUAGUGGAUCUUUCUCUUGUCUUUCUGGUGCUGCAUUAAGUGCUAAUACUACAUUAGCAAACACCAAUAUCUGCAAUGGCUUAAUAGGCUCCGAGAUAUUGCCUAGUUGGGACUCGCCCAAUUCAUUUCACAGGAUUUCAUCCUCUCCACUUUUGUCUAAAAUGGACUUCCUAUCGUCUUCUCUCCAGAAUACGUUAUCAAACUUGAGUGUUAGUCCGUCUGCACUUGGUGAGUCAUUGGAUUGUGAUUUUACGAGUCCUUCCACAACCGAAGGCCUACUAAAUGCCAUGGAAGUGCAAGUUGCUGGUGGAGCGGCUGGUGAAGACAGAGUUCAAGCGGUUUGCUCUGAAGAAGAUGGAUGGCUCUUUUGUGCCGUUUUUGAUGGAUUUAAUGGAAGAGACGCGGCUGAUUUCCUUGCCGGAACAUUAUAUGAUACGUUUUUGAGAAACUUCAAUUUAUUUAAUUGGGAUAAUAUGGGGGGUUUGGCUUCAGAUGAUAUGUUCCAUAAUGGACUAGAAACGGGCAAUGUUUCGUCUCCAAGAAAAAGUUUAUUACGAAUCGAAGAUAGAGAGGAUGUCAAGUUCGAUGCGUUUAGUCACCAGACUUGCACUGAGAUAGACACAUCAUCGGACUUUUUCAAGCAAGCGGUGCUAGAAUGCCUCGAACGAGCCCUUAUUCAAGCUGAGAGGGACUUCUUGUCCAUGGUUGAGUGGGAAAUGGAAGACCGCCCUGAUCUUGUUUCUGUUGGAUCUUGUGUUUUGGUUGCAUUGCUUGUCGGGAAAGACUUGUAUACGUUGAAUUUAGGUGAUAGCAGAGUAGUCGUUGCAACACAGAACGAUGACAAUAAUGCUGGCGAAACUGACAGAUUAAAAGCUAUACAGCUUACUGAUAUUCACAAUACUGAUAACGAAGCGGAGAGAUCUAUGCUUCUUGCAACUCAUGCCGAUGAUCCUGCUCCCAUUACUGCAGGAAAAGUGAAAGGAAAGUUGAAGGUCACACGCGCCUUCGGUGUUGGAUAUUUGAAAAAGAAAAUAUUGAAUGAUGCACUGAUGGGAAUUCUCAGAGUUCGUAAUUUGAUUAGUCCUCCUUAUAUCUCCACAACUCCGACUAUUAAUGUUCAUAGAAUCUCAAAAUCGGAUCGGUUUGUUGUACUUGGUAGCGAUGGUUUAUUCGACUUCUUUACAAACGAAGAGGUCGUUAUACUGGUGCAUUUGUUUAUAUCAAAACAUCCUUCGGGUGAUCCAGCGAAGUUUCUGCUAGAACAACUCGUCAUUAGAGCUGCAGAUUGUGCAGGAUUCAGCAUGGAAGAACUUAUGAAUAUACCACCCGGAAGGAGGAGAAAAUAUCACGAUGACGUGACUGUAAUUGUGAUUCUUCUUGGAAAAAAUCAACGCACUUCAAAAGCAUCGACAUGUUUGUAAGUCUCGAAUUCGAGUUUCUUCUUUCUAUAAUCUAUGGAAUCUGUAAAUAUAAUCUUUCGUUGCCUACAAAACGUGCAUCGUGUUUGAGAGGAGCGAAGAUUCCUCCUAGUAUUGAAGAAUAUUUGAUCUAGGAGGCCUAUAAUGAUAUUAGAAAAACUCAGUUCAUACAGCCAUAUCGUUGUAAUUGUUUUCCGAUGAUGAUGAUAAUGUCAAUAUGUAGAUUAAAGGUUCACGUUUCAUCUUCAGAGAGUGUUCAUUCAGGUUA